AUGGCAUGGCGUGUUUUAUUAACUGCAUUAAAUCGAAUUGAAAAUUCUGAUGGUCAAGCACAUGUUAUUGAUCCAAAAGCAAUAUCAAAAGACGAUCUUUAUGGAUAUAUGGAUCAAAAUACACGUGAAUGGACAGAUGGAUUAUUUACACAUAUUUUACGUAAAAUAAUUGAUAAUGUACGUGGUGAAUUAUCUAAACGUCAAUGGAUUAUAUUUGAUGGUGAUGUUGAUCCUGAAUGGGUUGAAAAUUUAAAUUCAGUUCUUGAUGAUAAUAAAUUAUUAACAUUACCUAAUGGUGAACGUCUUGCAUUACCAGCCAAUGUUCGAGUUAUGUUUGAAGUUCAAGAUUUACGUCAUGCAACAUUAGCUACAGUAUCUCGUACGGGUAUGGUUUGGUUUAAUCAACAAACAGUUACAUCAGUUAUGUUACUUCAAUAUUAUUUAAAUCGUAUUCGACAAGAAUCUGUUUUUGAUAUUAUCAAUCAAGAUGAUCCAAAUAGUAAAGAUAAUGUUAUACAAUCAUCAGAAGAAAAUAAAACAAGUAUAUUAGAAAUACAAAAUCAUCUAGCUGAUUUAUUAGAACCUUAUUGUGAUAAAGAACAUGGAUUGAUUCUUGAUACAUUAGAAUUUGCACAAGAAAAACAAGUACAUAUUAUGGAUUUUUUACCAUCUAGAUGUUUACAAACACUCUUUUCGAUGCUCAAUCAUAUUAUACGAACAAUUAUUAAACGACAAUUAUUUUCUACUGAUCGAGCAACACCAUUGAAUGAAAAACAAAUUGAACAAUAUCUUAUUAAAUCAUUAAUUAUUUCAAUGAUUUGGUCAUUUUCAGGUGAUGGUAAAUUAAAAUAUCGACAACAAUUAGGUGAAUUUAUUAUGAAUACAAUUAAAAAUCAUAAUAUAUCAUCACCAGUUGAUAAAAGUUUACCUAUCAUUGAUUUUGAAGUUAAUUCUGAAGGUGAAUGGGAAUCUUGGCUGUUAAAAGUUCCAUCAGUCGAGCUCGAAGGAAGUAAAGUUGAUGCAAGUGAUUUAGUUAUACCUACUAUAGAUACGAUUCGACAUGAAACUCUUCUUUAUACAUGGCUUAAUGAACAUAAACCUCUUCUUCUUUGUGGUCCACCUGGAAGUGGUAAAACAAUGACUUUAUUCAGUGCACUUCGUUCAUUACCAGCUUGUGAAGUUGUUGGUUUAAACUUUUCUUCUGCUACAACACCUGAAUUAAUUCUAAAAACAUUUGCACAUUAUUGUGAAUAUAAAAAAACGGCAACAUCUGGUGUUGUUCUUGCUCCAAGUCAAUUAGGCAAAUGGAUCAUUGUAUUUUGCGAUGAAAUUAAUUUACCUGAUGAAGAUAAAUAUGGUACACAAAGAGUUAUUGCAUUUUUAAGACAAUGUAUUGAACAUGGAGGAUUUUAUCGUACAUCAGAUCAUACAUGGAUACAUUUAGAAAGAAUUCAAUUUGUUGGUGCUUGUAAUCCACCAACUGAUCCUGGAAGAAAACCAUUAUCACAUAGAUUUUUACGUCAUUGUCCAUUAAUUUAUGUGGACUAUCCCGGUGAAGUAUCAUUAAAACAAAUCUAUGGUACAUUCAAUAGAGCAAUGUUAAAGAAAUUUAAUAAUAUUAAAUCAUAUAGUGAUGCAUUAACAAAUGCUAUGGAACAAUUUACAGUUGAUCAACAACCACAUUAUGUUUAUUCACCACGAGAAAUGACACGAUGGGUUCGAGGUAUCAAUGAAGCAACUCGUAAUGUACAAGAUUUAAGUGCAGAAGAAUUGGUUCGAUUAUGGGCACAUGAAGGUUUACGUUUAUUUCAUGAUCGAUUGAUCUAUGAUUAUGAACGUCAAUGGACAGAAAAAGCAAUUGAUGAUACAGCUGCUAGACAUUUUGGCAAUGUUAAUUUGAAUAUUGCAUUAAAACGACCUAUUUUAUUUAGUGAUUGGCUUGCUGGACAUUAUACAUCAAUUGAUGAAGAUGAUUUACGACAAUAUAUUCAAGAACGAUUGAAAACUUAUUAUGAAGAAGAAGUAGGAAUUCAAUUAGUACUAUUUAAUCAAGUACUUGAUCAAGUAUUAAGAAUUGAUCGAGUAUUUCGACAACCACAAGGUCAUUUAUUACUUAUUGGUUUAUCAGGUACAGGUAAAGCAACUCUAUGUCGAUUUGUUUCAUGGCUUAAUCAAAUCGAUUUUGUUCAACUAAAAGUACAUAAUAAAUAUACUGCCGCUGAUUUUGAUGAUGAUUUACGUCAUUUAUUACGUCGUUCAGGUUGUAAAGGAGAUAAAAUUGUUUUUCUACUUGAUGAAUCAAAUGUAAUGGAUAGUAGUUUUCUGGAACGAAUGAAUACUUUAUUAGCUAAUGGCGAAGUACCUGGUUUAUUUGAAGGUGAUGAAUAUUCAGCAUUAUUAACUUUAUGCAAAGAAGGUGCACAAAAACAAGGUCUAAUGUUAGAUUCCAAUGAUGAAUUAUAUAAAUGGUUUACUAUACAAGUCAUGAGAAAUCUUCAUGUUGUUUUUACAAUGAAUCCAAGUGCAAAUGGUUUACGUGAUCGAGCAUCAACAUCACCUGCUUUAUUUAAUCGUUGUGUACUUGAUUGGCUGGGUGAUUGGUCUUUGGAUGCAUAUUAUCAUGUUGCUAGUGAAUUAACUCAAAAAGUUGAUAUGCAAAAAGCUGAUUAUAUUGCUCCAAAAGCAUUAUCUCGUCUAGUAGCAAGUUUACCAAUGGAACCAACUUAUCGUGAUGUAAUUAAUAAUGCAUUUGUUUUUGUUCAUCAAUCAUUACAUAAAUUAAAUGAUAUAUUACGUAAAAAAGGUUCAACAAAUAAAACAAUUAUUAAAAUAACAGCAGAAAAACGAACUGAAAUUGAAGACACUCGUCAACAUUUAAUGGUUGGUCUUGCAAAAAUUCAUGAAACUGUCAUUCAAGUUGAACAAUUACAAACAUCAUUAGCACAUAAACGAAAAGAAUUAAAUGAUAAAAAUGAAGAAGCUAAUAUGAAAUUAAAACAAAUGGUUCAUGAUCAACAAGAAGCUGAAAAGAAACGUAUUAGUUCUCAAGAAUUACAAAUUGUUUUAACUCAACAACAAGAACAAAUAGUUGAAAAACGAAAAACUGUUAUGGAAGAUUUAGAUAAAGUUGAACCAGCUGUUCAAGAAGCUCAACAAGCUGUUAAAUCAAUUAAAAAACAAAACUUAGUUGAAAUAAAAAAUUUAAAUAAUCCACCGCAAGGUGUUAAAUUAACACUUGAAUCCAUAUGUUUAUUACUUGGUGAAGAAACAGCCGAUUGGAAAUCGAUUCGUAGUAUAAUCAUGCGUGACAAUUUCAUUUCAACUAUAGUUAAUUUCAAUACUGAUGAUAUUACACCAGCUAUUGCAAAUAAAAUGAAAACAAAAUAUCUUAGUAAUCCUGAUUAUUCAUAUGAUAAAGUAAAUCGUGCAUCAGUUGCAUGUGGUCCAUUAGUUAAAUGGGCAACAGCACAAUUAAUAUAUGCUGAUAUGUUAAGUAAAGUUGAACCAUUAAGAAAUGAAUUAAAAAAUUUAGAAAAAGAAGCUGAAAAAAAAGUUACUGAAAUGCAACAAACAAAUGAUUUAAUAACAACACUUGAAACAAGUAUUGCAAGAUAUAAAACAGAAUAUGCUGAUUUAAUAUCAGCUGCACAAGCAAUUAAAAUUGAUUUAUCACAUGUUGAAUCUAAAGUUGAACGAUCAAUUGCAUUAAUUAAAAAUUUAAGUUUAGAAAAAAUGCGUUGGGAAACAACAAGUGAAAAUUAUCAAACACAAUUAGCAACAUUGAUUGGUGAUGGAUUUUUAAUUUCAACAUUUUUAGCUUAUACUGGUUAUUUUGAUCAAAUGACAAGACAAAUACUUUUUCAACAAUGGCAAAAUCAUUUCAAUCAAGCUAAAAUACCAUAUAAACAUGAUUUAGCUCGUGUUGAAUAUGUAUCGAAUGCUGAUGAAAGACUUCGAUGGGAAAUGAAUAUGUUACCAAGUGAUGAUUUAUGUCGAGAAAAUGCUGUUAUGCUAAAACGUUUUACUCGUUAUCCAUUGAUUAUUGAUCCGAGUGGUCAAGCUUUAGAAUUUCUUCAUCGAGAAUAUCAAGAGAAAAAUAUUGUUCAAACAAGUUUUAUGGAUGGAAAUUUUCGUAAACAAUUAGAAAGUGCACUUCGUUUUGGUACAACAUUAUUUAUACAUGAUGCUGAAAAUUUUGAUCCAUUAAUUAAUCCUGUUCUUAAUCGUGAUCUUCGACGAACGUCUGGACGUGUUCUUAUAACAAUUGGUGAUAAAGAUAUUGAUUUUUCACCAACAUUUCGAAUGUUUCUAUUUACACGUGAUUCUGAUGCGGAAUUUGGACCUGAUAUAUGUUCACGUGUAACAUUUGUGAAUUUUACAGUAACUCGAUCAAGUUUACAAUCUCAAUGUUUAUAUAAAAUCUUACGAUCUGAACGUCCAGAUAUUGAUGCCAAACGAUCUGAUCUAAUGAAAUUACAAGGAGAAUUCGUAGCAAAAUUACGUCAUUUAGAAGAUAAUUUACUUAAAGUAUUAAAUGAAUCUGAAGGAACUAUACUUGAUAAUGAUAAAGUAAUUUCAACAUUGGAAAAAAUUAAAACUGAAGCAUCAGAAAUAAUGAAAAAAGUUGAAGAAACUGAUGUUAUCUUAAAUGAAGUGGAAAAAGUAUCACAAGAAUAUUUACCAAUGGGUAAAGCAUGUAGUAGUAUUUUCUUUACAUUAUCAUCAUUAUCAACAAUUCAUUUUCUUUAUCAAUAUUCAUUAAGAUUUUUUAUGGAAAUAUUUGAACAUAUACUUUAUCAUAAUAAACGUCUUGAAUCUAUAAUUGAUCCAGUGCAACGAUUAGAUAUAAUAUUAAAAAGUUUAUUUGAAACAAUAUUUAUUCGUGUUUCACGUGGAAUGUUACAUCGUGAUCGAAUAACAUUAGCUGUACAAUUAACAAGAAUAUAUUUAAAAAAUAUUAUUGGUAAUCAUAUGACAUUUGAAAAUGAAUUUUUUGAAAUGGCUCAAGCAUUAGAAGAAAAUUCUGAAAUGAUUCAUAUUCAAAAUAAAUUAUCUGAUCUACAAAAACGUGCAUUAUCACAUUUGACAACAAAUAUUCCAUCGUUUAAAAAUCUCGAACGACAUAUUACAACAAAUUCUGAUGCAUUUGAUAUAUGGUUAAAUAGUAAUGAUAUAACAACACAAGUUCCUGUUGUUUGGGAAAACAAUAAUAAUGAAAUGAAUAACAUAGCUACUGCUGUUUAUGCAAUGUUAUUAACUCGUGCUGUUCGACCUGAUCGUUUAAUAAUUGCAGCAAAAUCUUUUGUUGAAAGUGUUUUCGGAUCUGAAUUUAUUCAGAAAGCAGAUGCACUUUUGACUUUAGAACAAAUUAUCAAUGAAGAAAUUCAAGGUCUAACACCUAUUCUACUUUGUUCUGUACCUGGUCAUGAUGCAUCGAAUCGUGUUGAAGAAUUAGCAACAAAUCUAAAUAAAAAUUUAACUUCUAUUGCUAUUGGAUCUGCUGAAGGUUUUUCACUUGCUGAACAAGCUAUUAAUACAGCCACUAAACAAGGCAAUUGGAUUCUUUUAAAAAAUGUUCAUUUAGCACCUCAAUGGCUUAAAGAAUUAGAAAAAAAAUUACAUUCAUUGAAACCUCACGAGUCAUUUCGUUUGUUUUUAUCAACAGAAAUUCAUCCAAAACUUCCAACAAGUUUAUUACGUAUGGGUUUAUGUUUAGUAUUUGAACCAGCCACUGGCGUUCGUGCAAGUUUGAUGCGAACAUUAAAUGAAUUUUCUGAAAAUCGUAUGGAACGAAUACCACAUAUACGAGCAAAAGCUUAUUUUCGACUUGCAUGGCUUCAUGCACUUGUUACAGAACGUUUACGUUAUACACCAUUAGGUUGGUCAAAACAUUAUGAAAUUAAUGAGAGUGAUCUUCGUUUUGCUUGUGAUUGUAUUGAUCAAUGGAUUAAUAAUGAAGGACAUGAUAAUAUUGCUUGGGAUGCUCUUCAAUAUUUAAUUGCAUCAUGUAUCUAUGGUGGACGACUUGAUAAUCGUUUUGAUCAACAUCUUUUAGCUGCAUUUGUUACUAAAUUAUUUUGUCAAGAAAGUUUAAAUACUUCAUAUCCAUUAAUUAAAGAUGAUUUUUCUUCAUUAUUAAUAUCAAUGCCUCAAGAUACAACAAAAAAUAAAUAUAUCGAAUGGAUUAAACACUUGCCAUCGAAUGAAAAAACAACAUGGCUUGGUUUACCUGAUAAUGCUGAGAAAGUACUAUUGAUUAGUCAAGGUAGUAAGUUUGCAAUUGAUCUUUUAAAAUGUGAUCAAGGUGAUGAAAGUACACUUACGAUUGAUUUUGAUGUUGGUGAACAUAAAGAAGAAGAUGCUAGUACUGGACGUCCAGCAUGGAUGAUACAUGUACAACAUACAACAGAUAUUUGGCUUAAAUCUUUACCAAAAAUAUUACCUUCAAUGAAACGUACAUCAGAAAAUAUAAAAGAUCCAUUAUUUCGAUGUGUUGAACGUGAAGUUAAUUUUGCUGCUAAUUUUCUACGUUUAGUACGUCAAGAUCUUGCUGAUGUACAAUCUGUAUGUGAUGGAAGUAAAAAACAAACUAAUGAUACACGUGAUUUACUUAAUAAUUUAUCUAAAGGUAUAACACCAUUAACAUGGAAAAAAUAUCGUGUUCCACCACGUAUUAGUGCUAUGCAAUGGAUGUCGGAUUUUGUAGCACGUUUGAAACAACUUGAAAAAUUAGUAACAUUAACAAUAACUGAAGGUGUUCAAUCAUUACGUUAUGUACAAAUGUGGCUUGGUGGAUUAUUUACACCAGAAGCUUAUCUUACAGCAACACGUCAAUGUGCAGCUCAAUCAUUACAUGUUUCAUUGGAAGAACUUGUUAUGCAUGUCAAAAUGCUUGAUCAACCGUCACAAGUAGAUUCGAAUAAAGAAAAUGUUUUUCUUGUUACUGGUUUGAAAUUACAAGGUGCUUUAUGUCGUAAUAAUGCAUUGUUUUAUUCAAAUUCAAUUAUGGAUGAUAUUCCUCUUUUGACAAUUGAAUGGAAAAUAUCAUCACAAAAAACGAAUGAUCAACAAGAAGUAACUCUUCCAGUUUAUGGUAAUGGUCUUCGAACAGAAUUACUCUGUACCAUUAAUGUUAAAUCUGGUCAAACGAAUACUUCGGAAUAUAAUUUCUAUGAACGAGGUGUGGCUGUAUUGGCUUCAUUACUUGAAUAA